AUGGUGGAUCCUGUUGAAUUGAUUGUCGGCGACAAGGUUUACUUCACUGGCAGCGGAUACCCGCGGUGGCAGCGCGACACCGACGGCGAUUUUCUGGCGUACGGUACGUAUGGCGAGGUCACCAGCCUGGAGGACAUCGAGGACGGGCUUGCUGAGGUGUAUUUCCCUUCAAUCGAAGACCACAUCGACUGCUGCGUCGACGAGCUCAGCUUUGAGCCAGCUCCACCGCUGCCUGGCGGCUUUGCUGUGGGUGACCUACUACACUUCACUGGGCGUGAUCAGACCUUUGAGAAUGGCGACAUGGUCGAGCAUGGCGAGGCGGGCGAGGUGAUGGGCACGUUUGGAGACAAGGGCCUCGCCAUGCUCUUCCCCGAGAACGACCUCCUGACUGACUGCCGCCUGACAGAACUGAGCCGCGACCCGCCUGUGCCUCUGCCCGGAGGCUUUCGUGUGGGCGAGCUGCUGUACUUCGUGGGAUCAGAUCUCUGCUUGGACAACAACGCCGUGCUCAAGUACGGAACGCGAGGCGAGGUGGUCGGCCGUGCGCUUCCGAGCGUCGCAAACGGCAAUGGCCUGAAGCUCAAAUUCCCCGGCCUCGGAGGGAUUGCUUUCAACCCACUCGUACUGAGCCGCGAUGAGCCACCGGAUGACGCCCUCUCUGACGACAAGUACCGGCGGGCACGCCGCGCGCUCGCAGCCCGGAAGGAGCAGCAGGAGUGCGCUGCCCCGCAGGCGGCAGCGGCCGAGGACCUCGAGUUUGAGGUGGAGUGGCGGCAGCGGCUGGCGGAUGAGCUCAUCGCGGAGGAGGCCAAGGCAUCGCUGGGGCCGCAGGGGCGGCGCACGGGCAAGAAGAAGAAGAAGAAGCGCGGCCUCCGCCAGCGAGGCAACUGCGGUGCGGCGCAGCAGGAGGAGGUCGACGCGCGGGCCGCGGCAGCAGCCGAUGCACUGGCGGAGCGCGAGGUGCGGGGCGAGCGGCAGCAGGCGGCCCGGGCGGAGGAGCGGAAGCGGGUGGCGCAGUCUCAGCAGUCCAUCGCGCAGCGGGCGCUUGAGCAUGCAAUCUCGGAAGCGAGGGCGGAGUCGCGCCCACCACCACCAGCCAACGGCGCUGCCAACGGCGCAGGCGGCCAAGGCCGCGCCACUCUGCAGCAAAAGGUCGCUCGCAUCCGCACGCACCUCGGCCUGGACGCGGACUGCUCGCUCGCCGCGGCGGUGACGGCGGCGAACGCGCGGGCGGGGCUCGCGGCCGAGGGCGGGCUGGUGGCGCAAGUGGAACGGCUGACGGAGCUGCUCUUUUGGGAUGAGGCAGGCGGGGCGGCAUGA